GCCUGCCUGUCCUAUUUGAACCCAGUCAUCCCCAACUGUCCACGCUCCCCCAUCCGCGUGCGACCUCCCGUCCAUCCCCCAUGACUACGUUUACUACCAUCAAGAUCAAGAUAAGGCACUCGUUGCGCUACAUCGUUGCAGCCGCGCUUGUAUCCACCCUUCUCUUGGCCUUCCACCUCAUCCAAUACGACAACGAGGCUGGCUAUGUCGAGCAAAUCACUCCCGCAUACGAAGCGCCUCCCAGCUCCAAGUCUGGUCUGCUCAUCUUACCUGCUGAUUCGCUCCAGUUCCUCGAUGAGCAUCCUGAAAUCCUCGAAAACUUGGGUAAUCCCCCCAUAGUCCAUGUGGAGACGCCCAUACCCGAGCCUUUGACCCCAGAACACUCCCUGUACCGCGACCAUGUCCUCAACAUCUACGACAGCAUCGAGCCCAUCAAUCUCGACAAGCUGAAGUGCGACGUGCUCAACCAGCAGGCCACCGUGCAGAUUGACAAGGCCGCAGCAUUGAAGGUUUCGCUUCCACGGCUCAUGGAAGAGCUUUUGAAGGAAAUCGACACCAAUCCUGACGGCUACAUGGGCCAAAUUGCCCCGUUUUUUGAAGAAAACUUGCGUUUGAUGGUCAAGCACAAUGUGGUGGACAUUUUUUGGUCACGCUUGGCCGGCUCCAGCGUGUGGUUGAAGGAUUAUGGUGUCCAUUUUGUCAUUUCACGAAUCAUCUACACUCCAAAAGCUGUUCGCAACCAGCCAGUGUUUUCGGUGGUGUACGCCCAGCUCUACGACGAGAACUGGGAGGAGAUCACUGAUUCGCAUUUGGUGGUUCCCUCCAACGAGGGCUCGUUCAACGUGAUGAAGUUUCCGUCGUUCCUCCCCAUUCCGUUCUUCCAUGACGUCGACGACCCCAAGCUCCGCUACUACGGGCCCGAGGAUGCCCACGUGUCGCUCGUCAAGAACAAGGCUGGCUACGAGGAGCCUCUCUUGGUGUACAACUCGUACCAUAGAAAAUUCACCCAAAAUCCGAAAUAUGAUCCUAACUCCAAGGCUGGCAGAAAGCAGGCAGGCACCUACCGGUCUAUGUUUGUGUCGUGGCCGUUCCAGCUUCAGAAGGGUAAGGCCAACACGGAUGGCGAGCCCAACAAGGCUUACGAUGACAAACUCUACUCCAAGGCCAUGGAGUUGCAGAUCGCGAACCAGCCUCGCCAAAAGAAGCAAAAGAACUGGGUGCCUUUGGUGAGCCACUCAGAACGUGAGGAACAUGGCUACGACCGCGACUUGUACUUUGUGUACAGAUGGUCCAAAUUCGAGACCUUGAAAUGUGACAUCAGUGAAGGCACUGGCUUGUGUUCGUCCGAUUUCAAGUUGGAUCCAAAAUUGGACCCCAAGACCACAGUGGGACCCCUUCGUGGAGGUACCCAGAUGGUUAAUAUCAACGAGCUCAUCAAGACCCAAACCAAGGUCGACUUGGCUAGCAUUAUCCCCAAAGGAAGAGAAAUCUGGGCUGGUUUUCCCAGAGCUCACUUGGAUGACUGCGGCUGCGGAGACAGAAUGUACAGGCCCAACUUGGUGGUGUUAGUCAAGGACUCGAUCGAGGUCGACAGGGACGGGAACAAGGAGAUAAAGUCCUUUUACAGAAUCACCCACAUCUCGUCAUCGGUGUCGUUCGACAUUCCUAUCCUUAGCUGGGAUAUUGGCGAACCCAAAAAGUUGUGCUACAUCAGCAAUGUGCUCAUUCCCAACGGAAUAGCCACCUGGAAGGCCGAGGAUUUGCACCAGGACGAAUCUGGCUACUGGAAGGUCGACGACCAGAUGACUUUGAUGGUCUCGGUUGCUGACUUCACCGUCCAUAACAUCAACAUACAGGGCCUCUUGGAGCAAAUUUUGAACUUCAACAGCCCCACUCUUGUUUUGCAUGCCGACAAUACAGAACAAACUGACGAAGGACGCCGCGAGCUUGGCCUCUUGGACCCCAACAGAUUCAGUGACGAUGCCUACCGUGCUACAAUGGGCUACAACGACGACAACGUACAAUGUGCCAUUGAAGGGUCCAAGAAAUUCUGCAAGGUAUACGGACAAACAUACAAGAAAACCUUUAAAAACACAGCCAGUGAUUUCGAGGAGUUCAUGAAUGAAAAUUCCAUUCAUAUGGAUCCAUUUCAAAUAGACGAGUACCUUGUCGACUUGAAGAAAAUGGAAAAAGGGGAACAAUAAGACUACGUUUCAAUAUGUAUUUAGUACAAUCUUGUAAUUAAUGAGACAAUAAGACUGAA